GUUCAUUCUCUGUUGCUGCUCCGCCUGGGAAUGUCGUCGUCGUCGGUGUAUUUUUAAUCGCUUUCUUCCCUUGCCUUCGCACAAGAUAUAUUAUUAUUAACCGAACUGAGAAAAGCGCACUGCCGAAUAUCCAUGAUUUAUCGUUUAUAUAAUGUGCGCUAACUAAUCGCGGAUUCGUCUCGUUUCGUUUUCAUUUCCACAGCACUGAGUAGUGAGUGAGAGAGAAAUUCAAAGAGAGUUAGAGAGAAAGAGCAGAGAACGAGCGUGUGUGUCUGUGCCUCUGUGUGUGCGUGUGUGUGGUGCAUCAAGGCUGAUAGAACUAAAUCCAAAACUACAAUUGCAACUAAAUUUUAAAACAAACUCCGAAAGCGUUUUCUAACUGCGCACAAAACAACACAGCAAAAUGGAAGCGAUUGCCAAACACGAUUUCUCUGCGACGGCUGACGACGAGCUGAGUUUUCGCAAAACUCAGAUUCUAAAGAUAUUAAAUAUGGAAGACGAUUCAAAUUGGUAUCGCGCGGAGCUGGAUGGAAAGGAAGGCCUCAUACCUAGUAAUUACAUAGAAAUGAAGAAUCACGACUGGUAUUACGGACGCAUCACACGCGCCGAUGCUGAGAAGCUGCUGUCAAAUAAGCACGAAGGCGCCUUCUUGAUACGCAUCAGCGAAUCCAGUCCCGGCGAUUUCUCCUUAUCAGUCAAAUGCCCCGAUGGCGUUCAGCAUUUCAAGGUUCUGCGCGAUGCCCAAAGCAAAUUCUUCCUCUGGGUGGUCAAGUUCAACUCCCUCAACGAACUGGUCGAAUAUCAUCGGACGGCGAGCGUGUCCCGGUCGCAGGAUGUCAAAUUGCGUGAUAUGAUACCUGAAGAGAUGCUCGUGCAGGCGCUGUACGAUUUUGUGCCACAGGAAUCCGGGGAAUUGGACUUCAGACGCGGCGAUGUCAUCACCGUCACAGAUCGCUCCGAUGAGAACUGGUGGAACGGCGAGAUCGGCAAUAGGAAAGGCAUCUUCCCAGCAACUUAUGUGACGCCAUAUCAUUCAUAAUAAGAUAACUUCUAAGGAGGGACGCCACACACAAUCCUCUCCGGGAAACGCGAAAAACACAACACACACCCAUAACGAUUAGGCAGCAUUAUCAGCAAUUGCGAAUAACAACAAGAAGAAACUAAAAAACACAAAUUUUAAAUAUUUAUAUACAAGAAACGUGGACAUAAAUUCUGUAGACAACGUAUAGAACAACACAAGUUUAAGCCUUUAAGCCGAAUGCAUUUUUUACGUUUUGACGUUUUUUGAUAAAACAAUUACAUUACGAUAACAUUACGAAAUCGUUUAAUAGCAACUGAGUGACACUUUAAACUAGAUAUGUAAAUUUAUUUGUGUAUUUAUAGCUGCGGCCGAAGAAAAAGGCAUUUGAUCGGAGUUUUCCUUUGCAAUCCUUCCGCACAGAGGACGAAACUCACUUGCUACAAUCUUGACCGCAACUAUAGGCAUAUGCAAGUAUGUCUACAUACCAGACCAGGCACUAUUAUUAUUAUUGUAAACAAGCGGAUUUUUGAUAUAAAUAUAUAAUUUAAGUUCGAUAAAGAGAAGUUCUGUCCUGUGCUUUUGAACGUGUGUUGAGGAUUUUGCCCUACAUGUGCUCUUUAGUUUAUGUUUUGAUGUUUUCAAGGAGUGCGUUUCGCAGCGAGUGAACACUUAUAUUAUUAUGAUUAUAUGAUAACGAAUUACCAACCAACCAACCUAAUGCUUAACACGUUUUAUAGAAAACAAAACAAAUUCACUAUGAAAAGAAAACUUUUGCCUAAAUGUCUCAAAGCUGAAGACAAUUAAAACAAAAUUUAUAUUAUAUUAUCGUAAAUGCCUACCACAUAAAUUAAAUUAAUUUUUGCAUCGCUGGUUACUAUAUGCAUACAUGCACGCAUCUAUAAAUAAAUAUGUAUCUUCUUAAUGCAAAUUGAACGAUAUUAGGCCUCGGCUGCACAUGCAACUUUUGCGGCGACUGUAAAUUGAUUAUGUGAAAUUUUGUCCCUUCGCUUUAAAGUUGAAAAUUGUCAGUAAUUAUAAUUUGCACUCUGUCUUCUGACCACAAAAACUCCAUGAACGAAAAAUGAAUCUUGCAAACGGGAAGAAAACAUUUGUGACAUGUGUAAAAAGUUUCAAACUGCUGCUAUAUCAUAUUGUGCUAUAAAUUAUUACUACUACUAUUUAUAUAAUUGGUUGAGUGUGCUGUGUGUAACCAUUUUUGUCAUCAGCAAAGCGAAAUAGUUGCACGUUCGAGCGUUUUUCAACUACAUAACUAUAUGCAUUAACAAAUGUAAUGAGAGUUGCCAAUAUAAAGUAAUUUAAACAACAACAAAAUGCUAAAACGAAACAUUUUAAGCCUAUUUUUUUAUCUAUAUAUAAAUAUUAUAUAUCGAAGCAAAUACAUUUAUACAUUUUCCUAAUAUCCACCAAACUAAGAAACACGACGACGAUGCCUCAUGGAAACAACACAUCAAAAAUAACUUUUGAUAGGCCAUAGUUUACAUAAGCCGCAAUUUAUAUUGGCCAGCAGCUGGACGCACGACAGUUUUGUACUUUUUGAGCAUAUUUGCAGGCGUUGGCGAGCAUUUCCCGGCCCAGAACCAGUAGUAGCCGCAUAUUUAAACAUAAAUUCUAAUCGUAACAAUAAAGCAGGCAAUUGACAAGGUUUAGAUAUUAACUAACAAGCGAAUACACAAAUGAAACAUUGCAUACGGUAUGUUAAGUUGAGGACGUAGUUUAAGCAACAAACUGAUUUAUCUAAUAAACUAUGAUAUAU